UAGCACCAAGUCUGGAGACUUUUAUUAUAUAAAUCACCGAGAACCGGAAGUCCGCGACUAUCUGGUCUGUUUACAUCAGCCACUGCUGAAUCCACGUGAAUUGGAGAUGUGAUGUAGCCUCGAUCUUCCCAGAACAGGUUUGGUCACAAUGUCCCUGAGAUGCUGUCAGAAGACGUUACUGAGACAUUCUCUGUCCAGCGUGAAGAGCUGCGUGUGUUUGAGCUCCGCCAAAAGACACUCGAGUCGAGCGGCUCCGAGUCGCAGGAGGGUGGUGAUCACCGGCAUCGGUCUCGUCUCGCCCCUCGGAACGGGAAGUGCUCUGCCUUGGCAGCGUCUGAUUGGUGGAGAAAGUGGUCUGGUUGCUCUGGACUCAGAGGAGUAUCAAACAGUGCCGUGUAAGGUGGCGGCUCGCGUGCCGAGAGGAGAUAAACCUGGAGAUUUCAACGAAGAGAGGUUUGUAUCCAAAGGAGAGAUAAACAGCAUGUCUCCAGCCACGGUUAUGGCCCUCGGUGCCGCCCAACUGGCUCUGGAGGAUUGUGGGUGGUUUCCCAGAAGCCCUGAGGAGCAGCUGAACACCGGAGUGGCGGUCGGUAUGGGAAUGGUGUCUCUGGAGGAAAUCGCGCGGACGGCCUCGGCCUUUCAGACGCGCGGCUAUAGCAAGGUCAGCCCGUUUUUCGUCCCCCGCAUCCUGGUCAACAUGGCCGCCGGGCACAUAAGCAUCAAACACAAACUAAAGGGUCCAAAUCACGCCGUUUCCACCGCAUGCACGACGGGGGCUCAUGCUAUCGGGGACGCGGCCCGUUUCAUCGCUCACGGUGAUGCUACGGUGAUGCUAGCCGGCGGGACGGAGGCCUGCGUUAGCCCGCUAGCCAUAGCCGGCUUCGCUCGGGCUCGGGCCCUCAGCACCAACUGGAACCAGGAGCCCAGACUCGCCUCACGCCCGUUUCAUCCGGACAGAGAGGGGUUUGUGAUGGGAGAAGGGGCGGCCGUGCUCGUUUUAGAGGAGUACGCACACGCCGAGCAGAGAGGAGCGCGGGUCUACGCUGAGGUCAUGGGUUACGGCCUCUCUGGAGACGCCAGUCACAUCACUGCACCGACCGCAGAUGGAGACGGAGCCUUUCGGUGCAUGUCGGCUGCUCUGCGUGACGCUGGUGUGAGCGCUUCAGACGUGACGUACAUCAACGCCCACGCCACCUCCACACCGCUGGGAGACGCCGCGGAGAACGCAGCCGUUAAGAGGCUGUUUCAGACGCACGCGCACUCGCUAGCGGUGUCGUCCACUAAAGGAGCCACAGGGCACCUGUUGGGGGCCGCCGGGGCGCUGGAGGCGGCGUUCACUGCCCUCGCGUGCCGCUACGCUACCCUGCCGCCCACCCUCAACCUGGACCGCACCGAGCCGGAGUUCGACAUGAACUAUGUGCCCUGCACAGCGCAGCCCUGGAGCGCUAGCGGACGCAGAGUCGCGCUCAGCAACUCAUUCGGCUUCGGCGGAACAAACGCUUCUCUGUGUCUCGCGAGCGUGUGAUUCGUUACAGUUCUGCGGAUCUCACUUGAUCAGAUCCAGAUCUGCAUGUCAAUCAGAACAUUGAUCCAUACUAGCAUACUGUACACUAUUUUAAUACUAUGCUGUGUACAUACAAACAAUAGAGUUGAUUUGUUGUCACAUGA